AAAACUGUCCCUGUCGACGAGGCAACGAGCGAAUCACAGAACAAACUUCGGUCACUAGGAGUAUCUGUCGUGUCUUGCCGGGAAAGGAGGGCGCCUGGCUUCGACCACCAAGUCGGCGGCAAACAGUCUACAAACUGCGCUGGACACACGGCCACGUUGAGGACCUCGGAGACACAGGCGGCUUGCCGAGGCGGCUAUCAUCUCCAGAGCUGCGCCGUCCCUUUCACAGCCGCGUUGCGGGCCAUCUAAGAAAGGGCCAAGGCUACUUAAGGGGGCUCCGGUGACCAGGACCGGCUUUUCUCCUUGUGGCGUGUCGGACGGGUUCGCCCGUCAUGAAGAUCUUCUUCGCGGUGGCGCUCCUGCUGAGCGCGGAGGUCGCGACAGGAUUCGAGAAUGGCAAGGAGUACGUGUACAACUACGAGGGAAAGAUUCAAACGAUCAACCUCGAUCGGCCGCGACAUUCCAACGGGUUCGCCUUCCGCAGUAAAGUGUCUCUGCAGCCUAAAGGUGAUCUCACCUAUUUCAAGGUUUCAGACUUCGUGGUCGACACGUUUCACGCCGAAACAAUUGACCUGAAGACGCACACCUUCAACUUUCAACCGCACGAGCAGCUGACCAACUACCUCGAACGGCCCUUCGCCGCUGCUUUCAAGGAUGGCCGGUUCCAGCACGCCGAACUGGGCAAGGACGAGCCCAUCUGGUCCCACAACGUCAAAAAGGGCAUCAUCAGCUUGUUCCAGCUGGACCUGUCCAAGCGAAGCCAGAUUAACCCACUGGGAAACGAGUUCGUCGUGACUGAGGACGGUCUCAACGGUCAAUGCCAGACCACUUACGUCCUGUCCGAGGGAGGCGAAGGUCUGGAGGUGACCAAGAUCAAGGACAUUGAAAAGUGUGAACAGCGACCGUACCACUUCACGGGAACGCUCAAGGGAAAACCGUGCACCGACUGCAAGUCUCGGAAAUGGUUGCCGCUCACAACGACGUCAGAGGUGAAGUACCGCCUGAAGGGCACAAGAGAGCGAUACGUCAUCGGUUGUGCUUGUGGAACAUCCGACCACCUGCUCGCGCCUUACGGAGAUGGCAAGAAAUUCCACGUGCAAAUCAACAACACGGCUACGCUUGUCGAGGAAAACGACAAUGCUGCAGAGACAGCGCUGCCCGAGGUCGAAAGCUACCAGCGGCUGUCGCACGCUUUUCCCAAGGCGGAGGACGCAGUCACGGGCCUGGAUCUGCACGCACCGAACCACUACGUUCACGAUUUCGGACUCACCGGAAGCAGAGAAACCUUCAUCGAGGGCUUGAAGAGACUGGCAGCCGUCGAGUACAGCGACGAGGACUUCAAGAACAUGCGUGACAGGCCGAGCGCCAGCAUGCUCUUCUUGCAGCUGUUCUCGAACAUGCUCACCCUGACGUACGACGAGAUAUCCGACAUCUACAACCAGCACGUUCUCAACGCACCCAACGGGGCCAAGAAGCACGUCAGGAAUGCAUUCCUCGACCUACUGGCAGCCGCAGGAAACAAUCCCCACAUCUCCUUCGCUUUGAAGCUCAUCAACGCCGGCCAGCUCAGCACGGACGAAGCCGACCGCUUGCUGCUGAAGCUGUCUAACAAUCUCAAGGAAUUUAGUGUGGCAGUCGUGAGCGAGCUAGCCAACGUGUGCCACUCGGAGUUCGUGACUGCGAGCGAGUCGCUGCGUUCCACGUGCAUCCUGGCGGUGAGUUCGCUGGCAGGUGGCGCCAGGUGCAACCGGGCCACCAAUCUGCUCGAGGCUGACUCCGGGCUGUGCUCGCCACACAUCGUCGAGCUCUUCUUCAACUACUCUGUGACGCCGGAGGAAGUGAGGUCCAGGUCUGAGCAGCGGGUGUCUUACUACAUCAACGCGGCCGGAAACCUGGCCACGUCGGGCGCCGUGCGCUAUCUGCAGCGCUUCGCCGACCCGCGAGGCAACCAGCCCAUCACCCGCAGAGUCGCCGCCCUGUGGGCUCUGACGCGGACGGCGCCACUGAACCCGAGUCUCGUUCGUUCAAUCGUGCUGCCCAUCUACGACAACACGAGCGAGCCCCACGUUGUGCGCGCGUCGGCCUUCGUCAACAUCAUCCUGAGCAAUCCGGACCUCUUCAUUCUGCGCCACAUGGCGCGAAGCCUGAUCGACGAACCCAGUGACCACCUCGUCUCCUACGUCAGCAGCGCCCUGCGUAGCGUCGCCGGCUCAAAGUUCCCCUGCCUUCAGGACCUGGUGGAGAAGCUGCGCUACGUGCUUCCACUGUGGGACAACGUGCCACGGCUCUCCAAGCCAGCGGACAUCAUGAAGUCGGUCGUUUACGCUAGUUCUGGAUACAACCGCCAGUACGACACCGGUAGCCUGAGCGUGCUGUCAAUCAUUCGCUCCGAGGACAGUUUCCUGCCACACAGCGUCUACGCCAGCACACAGGCGUAUGCGGCCGGCAACGUGUACGAGGUGUUCGCGCUGAGCUUCGAGCAGUGGGGAAUGGACAGGCUGGUGAACGCACUGUUGGGACCGAGUCCGGGCUCCACCAGGAACCUGUGGAACGUUCUGGGCAGGCAGCGCUUUACACGGAGCGACUCGGAGACGAGCCGCAAGCACGUGGAGCAAGCGCUUCCUAUCGCCGACCGCGAGUACGAGCCAGUGUACGGACGGCUCAACCUCCAACUCUUUGGCCACACUGUGAAGCUGAUGCAUCUUGACGAGUCAGCUCUCGCAGCGCUACAGUCUAACGAGCCCCCGGCGGCUGCGUUGGGCCACGUGCUCGGGGAGGAGGAACACUCGAAGCAUUUCUACCUCGUCGAAGACCUCAUCGUCCUCGUGCCCACCGAAGUUGGCUUCCCCGUUUAUUUUGACAUCAAGACGGCCGAGUCCACCUACGGCAACCGCGCCAAGCUGGACUUUGAGCACACCGAGGACGGCAAGUUCGUGGUGGACUUCAAGAGAAACUUUGUGCACGAGGUCCGGUCGUACAAGAUGCUCGGUGUUGCGCUCACCUUCAACCGGUCAUCGCUGGGCUCGGGAUACGAUUCGCGCCAGCUGUUUUCGAUGCCCCUGGACCUGCAGCUGACCCUGGACCCCGCGCAACGCAAGCUGAGCGUCAAGCGGUCCGUGCCGCCCCCUGUCGACGUGUUCAACUACCACUUCGUGCCGUUCAGCUUCCAUCUCUCGUACGAUCGCAGCUCCAUCGACCAGCCCAUGGCACUGCCCGGCAUCGCGCUUCACGGUGUCGACGAUCUCUACUUGUUCGACCGGACCUACCUAAACGGCUCCAUCGGGGCGUCCCUGAACUUCCAAGGAUACGUGCUCAAGAAAGACCUCAAGGCGAAUAUACAGGAAUUCUUUCAAGACAUGGAUUUCAGGGAGAAGUUCGAGCACCUAAUGGUCAACCCGCGUUGGAAUCCGCGAACUUUCCGCAUAAGGAUCCUUCCGGCUGAGCCCGACCCCGUGAAUUUGAUAGAGAUGGACUUGUCACAUCACUUCUACAAGCCGGAAGAUGCGGAGAGGCUGACGCAGUUCGGCCUGGAGGAUGCGCCCACCUCGGAAGGCGGGGAGCGGCCGUACACGCACGCGCUGCUGGGAAACAUCGCCUACAGGGGCAGCGAGUGGCAGAAGAAGCUCUCGUGGGAGCUGCGGUACUCGUUCAGCAAGGACCUCUUCCGACACAAGUUGCUCUUCCACUACGACAGGCAGCCAUUCUCACCUUCCGAACAUAACCACACAAAGAUAUGCCUCGAAGCUUCCGCCAAAUUCCCCAAACCGGACGCAACGAGGCUUCCCGAAGCCGCGGCCUUCCACCAGGGAAAAGAGGUCCAGGCAUUUGCGAAGCUCUACUACGGCAGCAGCUGCGGCGACGACUCUUUGGUUUACUUCAACGGAAAGUACACGCACACCGACGAAGACGCCAAGGACAUACAAGCCAACGCAGCCGGUGUUGCACUCGCUUCCAAGCGAGUUAGUAGGCUGCGGGAACUGCACGCCAAGUGCUCGAAAGAAAAGGAGCAAGGUAUCCCGCUGGGUCACAACUGCGUCCACUAUCUGUACCGCAGCAGCCGUCUGGGAAAGCUCGUCCUCGAUGUGCAAUACAAGAACCCGAAACCGGUACUUUCGAACAUGCUACGGCGCUACUUGGCGUACACAAGGCAUCACAGCGUAAAGCCGGGCUUCCUCGAGAUAGUCUUUUCUCACAUGACCGGACCAUCCGGUGAACUUCACGUGGAGUCGCAAGUGCCGGCCUCGGCGAAGAAGCCGCACGCCGACGUGGUGGUCACCGACGCCAGUGGCCACUCGCACCGCUAUGGACACGUGCCCCUGAAAACGCACCUGCUGGAACCGCACAUUUUCUACGGCUUCCGCUACACCAACUUGGCCGAGUACUCGCCCUACUACAGGCACCGCUACUGCGACGUUCAAGGUCACAGCGCCAGGACAUUCGAUGGCGUCCUUGUAGACUUGCCCAAGACUGACUGUUACGAGGUGGUGGCCCGCGACUGCUCUGUCAAUAGGAGGUUCGUCGUCUUGGCAAGGUCCCUGUCCAAUCCUUCUUUCUCGAGGGCUCUGAAGAUAUUCAUACACAACACGGAAAUCGAGGUCCUGCCAGCGGGCGACGGGGUCCAGCCCGUGGUGAAAGUCGACGGCGCCGCGGUAGCCGUCAGCGACAGCGAAACAUACGCGCACAACGUCGCUGGAGCCGAACUGUUCACGGUCUCGAAGGAGAUCGGCAUGUACGAGCUGCUCUCCAAGUCCUACGGACUCGACGUCUUCUUUAACAGCAAAGUCCUAUUCAUUCAGGUGGCGCCUUUCUACCGGGGCAAGGUGUGCGGACUGUGCGGCGACUACAACUACGACAGGCAGAACGAACUCGUGGGCUCCAAUCUUCACCUCUACAAGGACACCCUCAGCUUCGCCAAGAGUUACGUAGUUCCCUCGGGAGACUGCACCCCGCCCUGACCUCCUGGCUUCCCGACUCAGUCGACCACAAGCAGAGCACUUCGUACAGAGCCGGACUUCAAAACACGCGUGUGAAAGAUGUUUGCGAGUGACUUAGAAAAGGGCAAGACGUGCUCCUCGGUGGCUCAGUGGUUAACGAUUAGAAAGGGCAUUGACUGAUGUUUGUCCUGUGUUUUGCUUUACGUUACCACCCAUGAAAUCGAGGAGUUCGCCUUUCCUUAUCGUCGCUGUUCAUCGAAAAAAAAAUGUCACAGCUGCCGUCGACAUCGCUGAUAAAGGUUUCGAUAGCGACACCCAUGCAUCACUUCCAGGGAUUGUCGCGCUUCCCUGAAGUUUCAAGAACUGAUCGUUUCCGUACGGCGAUAAUGUCGCUGACCUCGCAGACGUACCACAAGACAGUAUUGCUCAUCUUGCUAACCAGUCUGCAUAAGAGAUAAGAGAUAUAGAAAUAUAACACGUACAGAAAUAAGGGGAACUGAAAGGGUCGAACUAUAAGGAUUGCGAUUCGAGCACGAUAAACAAUCGCGGAAACGUUGUUUUUCCCUAUCUGACCCGCGUGUCUAGGUAUAAACGUAAUGCCGGUAUGUGAGGUAUAUUAAUUGUGGCCACUACAUGUUCUUUUUACACCUUAUGAAGAACUUGGAACAGACGCCUUAUGUACAAUGAUAAGCGACGGGCGGUCUUCGCGCGCCACCUGAAAUAUGCCAGGUUACUUGUAAAGAAGACAUUCACGUACUCCUAUAUAAAUAAGGAGGAAAUGCCAAACACCAUUAUUGGCGGGGAAAUUGAAUAUAUCCAGGCAAAAGGAGCGAACAGAAAGAAUAAACAAUGUUCUUAA